CGCUGUAGAACCUGUGCAGUGACAGACUGCGCCGCCGCCGCCGGUGCAGACUCGUCUUCCUCUUCUUCACGUCUUCACGCCGUCCGACGUGGAGCUGGAAGCAGUCUUCUUUCGGGUGCCACCAUGCGCUGGUUGCUGGCUGGAUGCUGUGGCCUUGCUUUAGUCCAUCUCUCAGUCUCUCUGCAGCUCUCUCAGAGGCCUCGCUUUUACGGUCUGAAAACCAACACAGAGAACGUGAUGAUUUACUGUUUGCCCUCGAAGUCAGACCUGUCGGCCACUGUCCAGUGGUACAAGGGAGCACCCAACGACAAGCCGGAGAACAGAACGCUGGUGAAAGCAGGGCACGAAUUCAGUUUUCAUGACAGGAAAAAGACUAAUAGCAGCGUUUUAAUGAUACACAAAGUAUUCGCAAAAGACAGCGGGGUGUAUUUCUGUAAGACAAACGAAGUAUGGGGAUCUGGAACUCAUCUUCUAGUUGUCAAAUGGACUGACAUCAGCGUUGCAGUGCACCGGUCCAGGAUGAAGGACGGCCUCAUCAUCCUCCAGGGCCUGCUGAUGGCCGCAUGCAUUGCUGCUGUGGUGCUGCGCAAAAACAACCUGCGGCAGAAGGAGGACGGCAUCUACGAGGAGCCUGAAACGGACCACAUUUACGAGGGUUUGGCCAUCGAGUCGUGUGGAGGAGGCCUGUAUGAGGAACUCACCGUGUACGCGCAGCCCGAAACAACCGAGGCCCCGUGGGAAUGAAAGUGACAGCCCUGAACCACUGCUCGCCUCAGUGUCUUAAAUGUUAACAGGCCCCACGGGUUUGGAGACGUGUCAUUUACUCCCUGUCCCAGCUCAGUUCGCCGUUUCUUUGUAGUCGUCCAGCAGUGAAAUGUUUUCCGUGGGGUUUUCUGCAUCAGUGCGACCUGAGACCUAAUGUGAGCACAGAUCAAAUGUGCAAAACUGAGCAGGUGCCUGUUGAAAACCACUGUUUAUGUGCUGUAUAUUUGUGCUUUUCAGUAAUUUAAUCUAAAAAGAGUUCAAUUAAAUUGUAGUUAUAGGUGGUGUUACAAUGUGUGCUGUGAAGGACUUUUACACUGUCUCGACUAAUUAGACUGAGCUCAUCACCGCUUCAUGACUGAGAGAAAAACACCAGAGAAUGAAAAAAAGUUUCUGUUCUGCUGGAGAAACACUUUUUUUUAUUGGCUUGAGGUACAGUGUGUAUGAAUCAACACAUGAUCAAAUGAACAAUAAAAACAAUUCUUAAAUACAUAAAUUAAUAAAAAUAUGAUUGACUCAAGUUUAA